GGCAAGAAAAUUGUGAGUAGUGGACUAUCCCCUUCCUCGGCAUGCUAUGGAGUGGACAGAUACCGAGCACGAUAAAGGGGUAGUUGCCUGAGAAUCAAGCAGAUUGCAGCCCAGAAGGAACUAUUGUGAUCAUCUAAUCUGACUUCCUGUAUAAAACAUGCCAUAGAACUUCCCUGAAAAAAUUCCUAGAAUGUAUCUUUUAGGAAAAAUCAAGUCUUGAUUUAAAAACUGUACAUGAUGGAGAAUCCACCUCGACCUUUGCUCUUCUUUGAACUGCUGCAGUUUAUCAACAACGUCUUGACUUGUGGAUGACAGAACUGGACACAGUAUUCCAGCAGCACUCACACCAGGGCCAACUACAGAGAUUGGAAGAAGAAAUCAAGCUUUCUUGAUUUUUCAACUCCCAAUUGGUUUCUUAGAGUUGAAUAAACUAAAAUGAAGAAAAUAUUCUCUAACUGGAGAAGAGGCUACUUCUGACAAAAGAUGGUCUCGUACUUCAACAGACUCUGGUUUCAGCUUCCCACUAGUUCUCAUCCCGACCAUUUCAGUUAUAUGCUGGGCAUAUCAGUCAACUGCACUUUCUUCAUCGAGUGAAAUAGUCAUAGAGCUGUGUAUUAUCCAUGCACUGUUGGGAUUAUAGCUCAAACAGCACACUAUUCGAAACCACAAGUGCUGUUCAUCUCAGGCCAGCUGCACAACAGUAACACUGUGCUAUGCUUCGAGAUGUCAUGGGAAAAACCUUUCGACUUCUGGGGUAUACCAUUCAGUAUGGAUGCAUAGCACACUGUGCCUUUGAGUACCUUGGAGGAAUUGUUGUGUGUUCUGGACCUUCAAUGGAACCAACAAUUCAAAAUUCUGACAUUGUCUUUUCGGAGAAUCUUAGCCGCCAUUUUUAUUGCAUUCAGAAAGGUGAUAUUGUAAUUGCAAAAAGUCCAAAUGACCCCAAAUCAAAUAUCUGUAAAAGAGUAAUUGGCUUGGAAGGAGACAAAGUCUGUAUAAGCAGUCCUUCAGAUUUCCGUAAGAGUCACAGUUAUGUGCCUAAAGGGCAUGUUUGGUUAGAAGGAGAUAAUCUCAGGAAUUCUACAGAUUCCAGGUGUUAUGGACCUGUUCCUUAUGGACUGAUAAGAGGACGCAUUUGCUUCAAGAUAUGGCCUCUGAAUGAUUUUGGAUUUCUGCGUGCUAGCCCCAACGGUCACAGAUUUUUGGAUGAUUAAGAAAACUAAUAAGUGAAUUCUGCCAGUUUACUGAACUGUCUUACAAUGCUUUAAUAGCUUUUUUUACUGAUUGAAUGAAACAAUGUAUUUGUAUUUACAAUAAAUUAAACAUUGCGACUUUUUGA